UAAGAGAGAGAAUGUAUGGAAUAAACCAACACUGUAUUUACAUAUCGUUUCAUUUUUUCGUGCUGUGGUGUCAGGCUCAGGGGGAGAAUCACCCGUCUCCUAAUUUUAACCAGUAUGUGAGGACGCAGGGCGCAGUGACGGACCAGCUCAGCCGAAGACAGGUCAGAGUUUACCAGCUCUACAGUCGCACUAGCGGGAAACACGUCCAGAUUCACGGCAAAAGGGUCACCGCCACCGCCGAGGAUGGAAAUCUGUACGCUCGCCUGUUUGUUGAGACAGACACCUUUGGCAGUCGAGUUAGGAUAAGAGGUGCAGAAAGUGGGCGCUACCUCUGUAUGAACCGGAAGGGGAAGCUUGUUGGAAAGCCAAAUGGCCGGAGCAAAGAUUGUAUCUUCACUGAGAUUGUACUGGAGAACAAUUACACAGCCUUCCAGAAUGCCAAGUAUGAGGGCUGGUAUGUGGCUUUCACCCGGAAAGGGAGGCCCAUCAAAGCCUCCAGAACGAGGGAGAAUCAGAGAGAGGUCCAUUUCAUCAAGAGGCUGCACACAGGAUUACCUCCCUUCCCCAACACGGACCAAAGUAAACCAUUUGAGUUCAUCAGAUUUCCGUCCACACGUAGAGCGAAGCGGAACAGGAAAAUCACCUAGCUCUUCCUAGGCGCAGCAAAAGUGAUGGACUGAUGACAGUUGUGACAUGGGAAGAAACAGAUGCAACUUUAUUUUUGUAUAUUUUUUGACAAGUGAAAAAUGCCUUAGAUGCCAUAAUAUUGCUGUAAAUACUGAAAGAGAGUAAAGCAAGUGGAUUGUAUUAAAUUGUCUAUUACGUCUGUGCGAGUGUUGAGGGAUGAAGUGACACGAUGCAUAGGGUGGCUAGCAAGAAAUCUGAGGAAGCCUAUGAAACAGCCCACGACACCAUUCGAUACUACACUUUCACAUUUCAAAUCAAUCAUAAAAUACAUUCAGUUGUGCUUUAAAGGAUGUUUUUUCUUUAUGUUCCAGUGGGUCGACACAAUACUACCAUUCAUACCACAAGGAAACAUUUUUAAAGCAGCAGGUAACAAACAAAGAGCUCCAAUAAGGUCAUAUUGGAGACAGUUGACAGUUAGAUUUAAAAUAAAUUUGAAUUUUUGGCCCAAACAUGCUGGCUGGAUUCAGCCCUACAUUGUUAUGAAUGGGUAAUCUAUCCAGAGAGAUCAGAA